CUGAUAGAUAGGGGAAGCCAGCAGGCCUCUAGAGGAAGUCCAAAAUAUAUCUAACCCUGCACUGCACCUAUACGAUUGCCAUUGAUCUACUUUUAAGUUAGGUUUUAGUGAAACAAAGUUUGCAGCCGUAGCCAGAGAGAAUCGUAGUAAUAGCAAUGGUGUCAGUGAAGCUGCAGAAGCGACUGGCUGCCAGCCUACUCAAGUGUGGUAAGGGAAAAGUAUGGAUUGACCCCUACGAGGUCCUUCAAAUCUCCAUGGCCAACUCCAGGAUGGACGUAAGAAAGCUUGUCAAGGACAGUCUCAUCAUCAAGAAGCCUAACGUAACUCACUCAAGAUGGAGAUGUAGGCGAGCCUACGAGGCCAAGAGAAAAGGAAGGCAGUCCGGAUACGGGAAGAGGAAGGGAACAAGAGAAGCAAGGCUACCGACCAAGCUUCUGUGGAUGAGAAAAGCCAGAGUACUAAGGCGACUCCUUCGAAAGUACAGGGAAAUGAACAAGAUUGAUAAGCAUAUGUACCAUGACAUGUACAUGAAGGCCAAGGAAAGCGUUUUCAAAAACAAACGUGCACUGCUUGAGAGCAUUCAUAAGGCUAAGACUGAGAAAGCGACAGACAAUGCUGUUUUUGAUCAGAUUGUUGCUAUCAAAGUCAUGGGUAAGGCUACCAAGGAGAGGAUUGCAUGGAGGAAAGAAACUGAUGUGUUGAAUAAAGCAACUGCUUAUUUGGUUUAAUCAAUGUAAAGUUAUACUUUUU